AUAUUCUCUCUCCUUUCGUCUUUCCCUCUCUCAAAGCUCACUCUCUCUCUCUCUCUCUCUCGCAUACACGCUCAUCAGCUCUCUUUGAGUGUCUGCGUGGCCGAUCGAUCUUCCAGUGGAUCGGUUCGGCCACCACGGAGACGCGAUCCCCCAGGUGAUAAUAGAGCAACAUCCAUAGUUAUUUUUCAAGAACGUUGUGUUUGGAGAAAAAUGGAGUCAAAAGGAGCUGGGAAGGACACAGUGGUGACUCAAAUUGGUGUCGGUGGAUUUGAUCCAAAUGUGACAGCAAAAGAGCUGGUGGAGUAUUUGGAAGAUACAGUUGGCCUUAUCUGGAGGUGCAGAUUGAAAACUUCCUGGACGCCCCCAGAGUCUUAUCCGGACUUUGAGGUGACAAGUUUUGACACCAUCCAGAUAGUGGAUGAGUAUAGAAAGGUGGAGCCGCAUGCUUUUGUGCACUUUGCUUUGCCUGAAGCUGCAUCUUCAGCUUAUGAACUUUCACAGAACAAUGGGCUCUUUUUGAACAAUAAACCAUUGAAAGUCAACCUGGGACCUGAGAAUCCAUUCCAUAUGAAUCAAAGGAGGAGGACUACCACUCCUUAUAAGUUGCCUGAAGUGUGCCUAGAGAUAGGAACCUUGAUUACGCCGGAAGAGUUUCUGGUGGCGUGGAGAGGACCCUCAUCUGGGGUUGAAUUUGUUGAUCCUUUUGAUAGUAAGUGCAGGUUCUGCUUCACCAGGAAAACGGCGUUUUCUUUCAAGGACCUGUCCUUCUAUGCUGUGAUAAAUUGUGAUUUUAAGAUGGAGUUCUUGGUGAGGGAUAUCAAUGAGAUCAAACAGUACAGAGAAAUUUCGUCAAUUGUUGUACUCUUGCAGCUGGCCUCACCUCCUCAUGUGUCUUAUAGAACUGCUGAUGACAAUGUGGAAGUCUCGGUUCCAUUUGACUUGUUGGAUGAUGAAGAUCCUUGGAUUCGAACUACAGAUUUAACAGCUAGUGGGGCUGUCGGUCGAUGUAAUACCUACAGAGUGUCGGUUCCGCCACGCCAUGGACCGAAGUUGAAGAAGGCCAUGGAUUAUCUUAGGGAACGAAGAGUGCAGGAAUCCUCCCCUAGACGGCCCCUGAAGAUCCGGGAUGAGCCUAAUUUUGGGAGGCUAAUGGAAGACACCUUUUUCUCUAUUCAUCAAGAGGGGAUACAUUUUGAUAUCAUGUUCUUGCUGAAUGCCGUCAUUCACAAGAAUGUGUUCAGCCAACACCAGCUAUCAGAGAGGUUUUUUGAGUUACUGAAAAGCCAACCAAAGGAGGUGAACAUUGCAGCACUAAAGCACAUUUGCUCUUACAAACGUCCGGUCUUCGAUGCAUACAAGAGACUGAAACUUGUCCAAGAAUGGCUGCUUAAGAAUCCCAAACUUGUUAAAAACCAGAAAGAGUUGAACGACAUCAUUGAGAUAAGGAGGCUCGUUGUAACUCCAACCAAAGCGCAUUGUCUUCCACCUGAAUUGGAGCUAUCCAACAGGGUGCUCCGGCAAUAUAAGGAUGUUGCUGACAGGUUCUUGAGGGUGACCUUUAUGGAUGAAGGCCAGGAGACAAUGAAUGCUAAUGUCCUCAACUAUUAUGUUGCACCCAUCUUAAAGGAUAUGAAGUCAGUCUCCUUUUCCCAGAAGACUAAAAUUUUUAAAAGGGUGAGGAUGAUAAUGACAGAUGGGUUUUAUCUUUGCGGCCGGAAAUACUCAUUUCUGGCUUUCUCAUCAAACCAACUAAGGGACCGGUCCGCUUGGUUUUUUGCUGAGGACAAAGCAAUUAAUGUGAACAAGAUCAGGGCAUGGAUGGGAAAGUUCAAUAACAGGAAUGUUGCAAAAUGUACUGCUCGGAUGGGACAGUGCUUCUCAUCCACAUACGCAACUGUGGAAGUUCCACGAAAGGAAGUACAUCAUGAUCUUCCAGAUAUUGAGAGGAAUGGCUAUUGUUUCUCUGAUGGAAUUGGCACGAUAACACCUGAUCUUGCCAGGGAAGUAGCAGAGAAGCUGAAACUGGAACUCAACACACCUUCUGCAUAUCAGAUUCGUUAUGCCGGUUACAAGGGCGUAGUCGCCUGCUGGCCUAGCAAGGGUGAUGGGAUUCGACUUUCUUUGAGGCGUAGUAUGAACAAAUUCCUUUCGAACCACACUAUCCUGGAAAUAUGUUCCUGGACCAGGUUUCAGCCUGGCUUUUUAAAUAGGCAGAUUGUGACAUUGCUUUCAGCAUUGAAGGUUCCAGAUGAGAUAUUCUGGGACAUGCAGGAAAAAAUGGUUUACAAAUUAAACCAGAUGCUUGUUGACUCAGAAGUUGCAUUUGAUGUCCUUACAUCCUCCUGUGCCGAGCAGGGAAACAUUGCUGCAAUAAUGUUGAGUGCUGGUUUUAGGCCCCAGUCAGAACCUCAUUUAAGAGGCAUGCUCAUGUGCAUACGAGCAGCACAACUGUGGGACCUUAGGGAAAAGGCUAGAAUCUUCGUUCCCUCUGGGAGGUGGCUGAUGGGCUGUUUGGAUGAGGGAGGAGUUCUUGAACAAGGUCAGUGCUUUAUUCAAGUGUCUAGUCCAGCCCUGGAGAACUGCUUCAUAAAACAUGGCUUGAGAUUUUCUGAGACUAAAAAGAACCGACAAGUGAUUAAAGGGUACGUUGUAGUAGCCAAAAAUCCAUGUCUACACCCUGGCGAUGUAAGGAUUCUGGAAGCAGUUGAUGCUCCAGAUUUACACCAUUUGUAUGAUUGUCUUGUUUUUCCUCAGAAGGGGGAAAGGCCUCACACAAAUGAAGCUUCAGGAAGUGACCUUGAUGGGGACCUGUACUUUGUCACGUGGGAAGAAGAUCUCAUUCCACCGAGUAAGAAGAGCUGGACUCCCAUGGAUUAUGAUUCUGCGGAAGAGCAAAAGCUGCCCCGUGAUGUUACCCAGAAGGAUAUCAUAGACUUCUUUGUUAAGCACAUUGUGAGUGAGAGCCUGGGGACAAUCUGCAAUGCGCACGUGGUUCAUGCGGAUCGUAGCGAACAUGGGGCUCUGGAUGAGAACUGCAUUCAUUUGGCUGAGUUGGCUGCCACUGCUGUUGAUUUUCCCAAGACUGGAAAGCUUGUCACUAUGCCUCGCCAUCUGAAACCAAAACAGUACCCGGACUUCAUGGGGAAAGCAGAACACCAAACCUACAAAUCAACUAAAAUCUUGGGUAGACUCUACCGUCAGAUUAAAGAUGCUUGUGAUGAGGAUUUGAAUUCCUCUGAACUGAGCCUCCCUAAGGAUGUUCCCUAUGAUACAAGUCUGGAGGUUCCGGGUGCUGCAGAUUUCAUUUCCAAAGCUUGGGACCAUAAGUGCUCCUAUGAUGGGCAGCUGAGCGGGCUUCUGGGCCAGUACAAAGUGAACAAUGAAGAAGAGUUGGUGACCGGACAUGUUUGGUCCAUGCCAAAGUAUGCAAGCCGCAAGCAAGGGGAAUUGAAGGAGAAACUCAAGUACUCUUACACUGCAUUAAGGAAAGAAUUUCGAGAAAUAUUCGAAAGGUUGGAUUCAGAUUCCGAGUCAUUGAGUGAUGAAGAGAGGAAUUUGCUGUAUGAGCGAAAGGCAUCAGCUUGGUACCAGGUCACCUACCAUUCAGAUUGGGUGAAGAAGUCGGUGGACUUGCGUCAGGACGAUGACGGAGGUACAAGCGCCUUGAUGUUAAGCUUUGCUUGGAUUGCCACUGACUUCCUCGCUCGGAUAAAGAUUCGGAACCAAAGAGGUGGGAAUCUUGACUCGGCCAAGCCCAUCAACUCUCUUUUCGAAUAUAUUGCGGACCGUAUCUAGCGAUCGGCUACUUAAAAUCCAUCGCUGGGUCUUUGCCAAGGAUUUUCUUGGUAGCAAGUCCACUCUGCCAAUUAUAGUGGGUAUCUAUUUUAUAUUUCAAAUUGUUUGUACUGUGUUUUUAUCAAUUAUGAAGCAUUCUGGCGAUUGAGGACAACCAUUUUGGAGAGUGUAUAGAUAUGUAAACUGUUCUCCCCAUGGUUGAAAAUGCAGUAGCCCUGAGCUCUUUGGAAUC